AUGCCUUACAAAAAAGGAAAGCCUGUACUGGAAUUGUUCCGUGAAACAAAUGAUGACAAUGAUAACUAUACCGACGAGUUUGAAACCGCGGAGCUCAUCACAACAACGAGAAAGUUUCUGGUGCAGCAGUACGAAAUUGAUAACGCCUUAAAAGUUUUGAAUCCUAACAAUGUGCACCACAACAACCGGCGUUCUUCUACACUUGGGCAACAGACUGGUACUAAAGAGCAAAAAAUGGGUAUCUGUUCAACAAAUUCGCACUGUCAUCGCAACGCUUACUCGUCUCCUGAUGUAAUUCAGCGGGCGAAUCAGUCUAAUCGCCCAAGCUAUCUAAAGCACAAUUCCUAUGCUAUGACUGAUCUCUCUCCCGAGGAGUUUGCAAAGUACACAAAGCUUAAACAUGUCGGAAGAGGCGCGUACGGCGGGGUCUACCAGGCUAAACAUGCUGACACAGGAGAAAUAUAUGCGAUGAAGGUCAUUGAGCUUGACCACACGCACUCAGACUCUUACUCUAAAAGCGGCUUGGCAGUGAAUGAUAAUCAGCACUUGAUGAAUGAGAUCCUCAUUAUGAAGCAGUUUGACCACGUCAACGUCGUUAAAUUGUUCCAUUAUCACGUCAACGAGAUGUCUAUGAAUUUGAUACUUGAAUACUGCGAAAGUGGCUCUUUGAGAGAUCGUUACAGAGCAAAGGGACCAUUACCCGAACUUGAAGUUAUAGGUUAUAUCAAACAGACGCUGGAGGGAUUGGUGUAUCUACACCAGAAACGCUUCAUCCACAGUGACAUUAAAGCAGCGAACAUUCUGCUCAAAAACGGCGUCAUAAAGCUUGCAGAUUUUGGUGUAAGUAUCAAAUUUGACGCUAAGGAUGACGUGGAAACGUUGAAGGACAAGAGAAAGGAAGCAAACGGUUCACCUUAUUGGAUGGCACCGGAGGUCAUUAGACUGCAAGGAGUUUCCACCGCUUCCGACAUUUGGAGUUUGGGAGCUACGGUAGUGGAGCUGCUAACCACUCAGCCACCUUUCUACCAGCAUGAUCCAUUCCCAGCUUGUCACGCGAUUGGAUCGGGGGAGCCCCCCGAUAUACCAUCCGGGAUAUCUCGCGAAUGUUUCCAGUUUUUGACAGUUGGGUGUUUCCAACAGGACAGGAAAGCUAGACUCAGUGCAGAGCAGCUUCUUCGACAUCCCUGGACUCAGGGAGAAAUCAAACACGAUGAGUCACAUAGGUCCAGUCUCAACCGCGAGAUUAGGACCGGCUUUUUGAAACAAUACAAUGAGACAUUCCAGGACAAUUACGAUAACGAUUUUGAAGAGCUAUCCAUAAAUUUAUUGAUGACUAUCAAUACCAUGAAUAAGAAGCAAAGGCUUGAAAUUUAUAAAGAGUCCAUGUCAGGGGAAAGCGAGGACGAUUUCAUGGAUGGAGCAAAAAAGAGCAUACAUUCAAGACUUGAUCGACCGCACAGAGCAAGCGGCAUUGGAAGAGCUGCAGCUGAUUUACAAGUUUGUGACUGA